AUAUAACUAAAUCAUGACUCGAUGUCCGACAUAAAAAAGUUUGUAUUUUCAGAAAGAAAAAAAGCACUUGACGUAGCUAGUCUUUGUGGUUUGGGUAUCCUUGAAGAAGAAACUGAAUUAGAAGGUUAUCGUAUCUAUGUUGUGGAACAAUGGAUAUGUGACAGAAAAACACAUUCAAAUACUGUUAAAGUGUUUACUGGUGAUAAGUCUCAUAAGAUCAAAGUAUGUGUCAUUGGUAUUACAACUGCAGAUCUUCAACAUGCAAGACCUGAUGUGAAACGUCUUUUUAGUAACUUGACACCUCUUAAAUACAAAUCAACACCCAAAGGACAAAUUUUAUUAACUGAUCCUAGUGAAUUACCUUAUGAUAUGGAUAUGGUUUUGAUACCUGAUGGAGAUUAUGACAAGUGGAUCCGACAAGCAUGUGUCAAUAUCAAUUUGAAAAGAACAAAUUGUACUGGUCGUAGUGCGUUUAAUCUCCGGAAACCAAAUCCAGCUUCUGAAGAAAAAUUUCGAUCCCUUUACAAGAUUGCUGAUGCUGUGGAUUUUGAAGAUGCCGUGAUCAAUCUGGUGACUUUAGCUCAAACUGCUCUUUAUCUAUUCAAUUUAUUAAGGCGUGAUUGUGUGGAUGGUCUGAUUUGUGAUGAAACAAAUGCUGCUUUUGGUGAAUAUUAUCGAAAAUAUCAACCAUACAAAGGAUCAACGUAUACCUUAAAAGAACCUUGGAUGGAACCACAUCUUUUGACUUCUCUUAUUACCAAAUUAGUGGUUUGUCGAAAUAAACUUCAUUCUUACAACGUUACGACUGUCAAAGAUCCAUUUGCCGAUUGGGAGGAAUUUUCCGAAGAUAUUGGAACGUAUCAACGAAUGAAAGGUUUACGACAAAUCAAAGUCAUUGACUUGGAAACUUUGAAGAAACUAGAUGAACAUCAUAUUGGGCCUCUUCGUAUGCGAAAGGCAAUCAAAUCAAAAUUAGACGACAUUUCUGGAAUCAAUAAUUAUCCUCUCUUUGGUGAAGAUUGUAACCCUGAAGUAUUUCGUGAUCAUGCCACCAUUGAUUCUUUACGUGCUAUCUGGCGUCCUCGUCUCAAAAAUAGUAUUGGUAAUGAUCAUGAUAAACAACCUCAUGAAUUACUUCAUCUUAUUAAGGAAGUCUCUGCUCGAACGACAAAAACCAGUGGUGCUGCAGCUGAAAUACUAUCCAAAGUAGCUGGAUCACUUUCAUGGGGUUCAAAUCAUUCAUCUGCCGAUAAAUCUGGUACCACCUCCAUCAAAAAUAAUAGCAAUGUCAAUAACAAUUACAAUAAUGGAUCCUCAUUUUCUGCUCCAACAACUCAUCAUCGAUCACCUACUUCUAGUAUUCGCUUACCUUCUUCGGCUAUCAAUGGUGAAAUGGCAAGUGGUGUGUCAAGUUCUGCUGGAACGGCAGAUGAUCUCAUAGUGGGACGAUCUUCCAAAGAAAUAUAUGGAAAAGGAUCAGUACUUGGAAAGAAAGACGUGGAAUACUCAGACAUGGAUGGAUCGAAUGCGCUCAAAUUCUCUGAAAGGUAAUAUGAUAAUAAUGAUAAAUGAUGGAUGCGUAUCUAUAUAUAUAUCUAUAUAUAUGUAUCAAUACCUUUUUUUUUUCUUAUUGUAGUCCUUCGAAACAAAAUGAUAUAUGGAUACAAGGAAA